AUGAGGGAGGGAACGGACCCUGACCUUGACCCUGAUCCCUCUCCCCCAGAUCUUACCGACAGCAGCAGUUUCCAGCGAGCCAAGUUCUGGGUGAACGAGCUGCAGAACUGUGAGGAGGGCUGCCGGAUCUACCUGUGCGGCACCAAGAGUGACCUGCUGGAGGAGGACAGGAGGAAGCGGGGGGUCGACUUCCACGACGUGCAGGACUACGCUGACGAGAUCAAGGCAGAGCUCUUUGAGACCUCCAGUAAGACGGGCCAGAGCGUGGAUGAGCUGUUCCAGAAGGUGGCAGAGGACUACGUCCACUUCACCGCCUUCCAGGUGAUGACAGAGGAGAAGGGUGUCGACCUGGGCCAGAGGAGCGGUGCUUACUUCUACAGCUGCUGCCACCACUGAGACGUCUUGCCAAAAGGGAACCGCUGCUGCCGGCCGGGCAGCCGGCACGCACUGGACUCCUCGGGUUUUUUACCUGCUGUGUUUUAGCUGUAUGGGCCCGUCUGCAACGCAGCACGCAGCCCCGUGGACUGCUCCCGGUGUGCGGAGCGGCAGAGGGCUGCUGUGCGGUGCCAGGAGCCUCCUGCGGCACCAGGAGCCACAGGCCAUCACCCCUGGGGACCCUCUCCCUGCCACCCAGUGUUUGCGGGAGCCGCUUCCCCGAGUCACUGCUGUGGCCCAGCGGCGGCCAUUAACUUACUCUCGGAGAUGCUGUCCGAUUGUUUGCAGAUUUAUUUAAGCGUCUUCUCUCGAGGUGUACAAUGUAAAUAAAAUGCAUUGUGGUCUGAGCCGUC